UUAUAUAUUCUGUACGUUGUAUCAUUCUUCAAUAACAACAAUAUACACAUUCACAUGGUAUCACAGCCAUUCCUUUCCUGAACACUUCUGCCGCACCUUUUAUUUUUUUUUUCUUCCUUCCUGUGUUUUACGAAGCACCCAUGGCUGACAAGCAGCCCUCUUCAGCCGAUAACCCCACAAAACCUCUACAUCCAGUAUACACAGUCACUAACAUACAAAACAAAGUUCGUGUCUUAGACGGCGACAAAGUCACCUACUCCGAUUGGGUGAAACUAUUCAAACUCCACGCCCUUGCCUACGAUGUUCUGUCCCAUAUUGAUGGCUCCGCACCACCGUCCUCAACUGAUCCGACUUACGAGUCGUGGUCGAAGAUUGACGCCAUUGUCCUACAAUGGAUACUUGGCACUUUAUCGGAUACUUACGUUAAACGUGUUAUUGAUAAUGUAGGUACAGCACAACAAGCGUGGGAUAGGCUUCACACGGUUUUCCUCAACAACAAAAAUGCACGUGCCGCCACUCUCGAGCAUGCCUUCACUACAACUACCAUGGCCUCCUGCUCGUCUCUCAAUGACUACUUCCAACGCAUGAAAGACCUCGCUGACCAACUCAAUGAUGUUGAUCACCCGGUAAGCGAAUCCCGUUUAGUCCUCCAGAUGGUUACCGGUUUACCGCAAGAGUACGACACUGUCGCCUCCUUUAUCACCCAAGCCGAAAAAUCUUGGGAUGAUGCCCGUGAUAUGAUUGAACGCGAACAGCGUCGCCAAGCCGCUAGGCAAUCUAUACACACGGCUCUCUCAAUUACCAAUGCUGCACCAAACCAAAACACACCUCCCACUCCAUCACCGAACCCGACCCCUCCUCCACCUUACCACCCCGCUCAAACCUAUGACACCCGCAACCACACUCAAUCCCAAAACCGUGGCCGAGGCCGUGGCCGAAGCUCCUACCGGGGCCGAGGUCGUGGUCGCUACCAAUUUUAUUCUCAAACUCAGCCAACAUACCAACACUUCCAGACCCAAAACCCACCACCCAAUUACCCUCCAUCACCUGCCCCAUAUCCUUGGUGGGCCGCUCCACCACCCUGUCCACAUCCGGCCCAGGCUCCAUGGGCUCCCACCUGGACCCGUCCAGCCCACAACACACACACUCAACCGACUGCCAACCCACCCCCGAACCACUCUGGCUACGGCCUCACCCAUCCAACCAUACCCUACACCUUUCCUGCCCCACCCGAGUACCAAACAAAUCCACCAGUGGACCCUCUCCAACCAACCGAACUUGGCACCGCUUUAUCCGCCUUAACUAUCAACUCACCAGUGCCAAUGUGGAAUAUGGAUACGGGUGCUUCUUCACAUCUCACCGCGGACCCAGGAUCUCAAGACUGGACAACCUCUUUCACGCCAUGAUAGCACCGGUGACCUUUACCCAUUCACCCCACCUCGUCAAGUCCUUUUAGUAGCUGAAUCAAAUAAGUGGCACGAUCGUCUUGGACAUCCUGGCACACAAGUUUUAAAAUUUCUUUCUAGCAUUUUUCAUAUUCCUUGUAAUGAACAAUCGUUUGGUUUUUGUGACUCUUGCCAUUUAUCUAACAGUAAACGGCUUUCUUUUGUUGGUUCAAAUUCCUUUACAUAUGCUCCAUUUGAUAUAA